UUGAAUCCUAGAGAGUAGCAAAGGUCGUUUCUAGAAAAUAGAAAAGUAGAUGCAGGGUAGAUGAAAACGUAGGCACCCCCGAGGGGGUGCUCUGGCUGUCGGUGGUGUCUGAGGUGCUCUACAUCCUCCUGCUGGUGGUGGGCUUCAGCCUCAUGUGUCUCGAGCUCUUCCACUCCAGCAGCGUCAUCGACGGGCUCAAGCUCAACGCCUUUGCAGCAGUCUUCACGGUGCUCUCAGGUCUCCUGGGGAUGGUUGCCCACAUGAUGUACACGCAGGUGUUCCAGGUCACCGUGAGCCUCGGCCCUGAAGACUGGAGACCCCACUCCUGGGACUACGGGUGGUCCUUCUGCCUGGCGUGGGGCUCCUUCACCUGCUGCAUGGCAGCCUCUGUCACCACCCUCAACUCCUACACCAAGACAGUCAUUGAGUUCCGGCACAAGCGCAAGGUAUUUGAGCAGGGCUACCGGGAGGAGCCGACCUUCAUAGACCCAGAGGCCAUCAAGUACUUCCGGGAGAGGAUUGAGAAGGGAGACGGGAGUGAGGAGGAGGACUUCCGCUUGGACUGCCGCCACGAGAGAUACCCCACCCGACACCAGCUGCACAUGGCGGAUUCCUGGCCCCGGACUUCAGCCCAGGAGGCGCCAGAGCUGAGCCGCCAGUGCUGGGUCCUGGGGCACUGGGUGUGACGGAGACGCAGCCCAGCGCCCAGAGCUCCGGCUGACUCUGGCACCGGCCUUUCCCACAAGACCACCGGGCUGGGGCCCCGGAGCCCGGCCUGUGUGUGGGGGACUCCACUAUCAGCCGAGGAGACACACUGCCUGCAUCUCAGCGCCCUGCACGAGAGGCCCAGAGGGCCUGAGGGAACGCACAGGACUGCACGGAGGGACUUGGGGCGCAGCCCGGACCUCCUGCCACACCGCACUACAGCCCUGCUGGGCGCAGCUGGAGGAUCGGGGAAGUCGCUGGACACUGGCCACCAAAUACUGGGCACUUGCCAGCCAGCCAGGGAGCUGAGAAGGUGUCCAGAGGGGCAGGGCCCUGUGGGGACAGGGAGGGGGCUUCAGGAGGAGGGAACAGCGGCUGGCACCGCAGGAGGCCACACAGCAGGCACUAGCGGGGCUCAAUAAACGCUUGUUGAACCUG